AUGUACCGAGUCGGGCUCGGCAUUGUCGUUCUCAAUGUCGUGGACGCUCUUCUCAUCUUCAAGUACUUGCACGACGUGCUCUUGAAAAACUACAUCCAGCACAAUGUGCUCAUUACCAUUUUUGGGUUCGAGAUCCUUAACCACUAUCCGAUUCUUCUAUCAACGUCGCUCCGGUUCUGCCUCGACAUGCGCCCGCUGGCGAGCGAGUCGUGGAAACAGACGAGACGGCAGCUUUUUUUCCUUGUCGAGUUGGCCUUGACUUUGCUCCUGCUCGCCAUGUCCGUGGUGUUUUCGCUUCUCUUCUUCUACCACUACACUUUCCCAGUAUACAUGUUGCCGGCAGCAUACAACAGCUUGAAAGCGGCAGUGGUGAAAACACGCAUCCUCGUCGAUUUCCGCAAGCGGGAACUCGUGCUCCGCCGCCUCCAAAUCCCCGACUCCGUGGCUGGCGAAACGUGCAUUUUCUGCUACGACGACAUGCGGCCAGGCGUCGACAACAUCCGCGUGACGCCGUGCUGCGCCCACUGUUUCCAUUACGACUGUAUCCGGCUGUGGUUGGAGUAUUCGCCGUCAUGUCCGUUUUGCCGCAAGAAAAUAUGA